CUUUUUACUUUUAAGGAGGGAUUUUUUGAUAUAAAAACUUAUAAGAUAAUUAAUGUAAGAGGAUUAAUCUAAAAAAGUAGAUCCUAUGGAUGCAUUCAGAAAAAAAGAAGAUUAUAGAGAAGCAUGUCAAAAAUUAGAUGGUUUGCACUCCUAAAAUAAAGAAAACGAUGAAACAAAAUAUUUAAUGCUAUUCAAGAAAUAAGAAACAUCCAAAAAAGAUUUAUGUGUAAUAAUAAGAGUCUAUAAUGGAAAUAUGUUAUGGAUGUAAAAAAUAGAUAGAGCAGCAUUAGAUGAAAUGAUUUUAAAAACAGAUAUCAAGGGAACUUAUUCCUCUUUCUGUGAAUUAAUCAGAUUUGCAAUUAGUGAAAAUUCAUAUGAUUUUGUUCAAUUUGAAGCCCAAUUAGAUAUAGUUCUUUAUUUCUCUCUACAAAGACAUGUUUAACUAAAAGGAUAGAUACCAUUAGAUUAAGGUCUACCCAUAACAAAUGAUGAAGACAUAAGAAAAAUACAAUUUUAAUUUGUUUGUGAUCUAGUCGAUGUAUUAAAAGCUACGCAGUUGUAAUUUACUAAAGAAAUAGAAGUUAAUACAACCAGAAAGAAAAAAAAUGAACAAAUGAUUGAUGUUGAAUAACCACCUCUUUAAAAGCCUCCUCCUCCACCAAAGAAAAAUUUGCUUACAAUAGGCUAAGAGAUUUUAAAUACACCUGAAGUAUUAUUACCUCGAAAAGGUCCUUAUGGAAUCCCCUUUUAUGGAAAUCAAUAUGUAUAGUUUCCUUCAAAUGCUGAUUUAAUAAAUCCAAGCAAAAAAAAGAGAAAAACAAAUGGGGGCUAAAUUGAUUGA